UGUCACUGGGCGGUGGUAUCAGCAAUUUAUGUGACUUUUGUAUUUUAUGUUGAUAUAUUUUUAGAACCGGGAACAUCCGACAUUACAGCAACUUAACUGCACGAGUGGACGAUAACGUGGAAAAAUGGCGAGGCGGAGGAUCACACAGGAGACCUUUGAUGCUGCUGUCCGGGAGAACAUGGAGGAGUUUGAGAUGGAUCCCGAUGAGGCUUUGAGGGAGGCUGUGGAACAAUUUGAGUCUCAAGGUGUGGACCUCAGUUGUAUAGUACAAGCUGUGCCAGCUGUGUCCACUGAUGAUAAACAAGAGGAGCAAACACACGAAGUCUUACAGGCGUUGGAAGCCCUCCGGAUUGGAAAAGACUCUGCUGAUGUUAAAGAGGUGACAGCAGAUCUAAAAUGCUUCACUGAGCAAUGCUCACUUGGAUUUGCUCAGAGGUACCUGGCUGCCCAAAAAGACGCCUACCCCAUCAUCCUCUCCUACUGCAAAAGGAGUGUGGAGGAGCAGGAAGCUGUGUUAGCAACCAUGUCUGCCCUGGCUGCACUAACAGAUGGACAGCCAGACUUGUUAGAUGCAGAGGGCCAGCAGUUCCUUUUGAAUGUCCUUAAGAAGUACCAGGCAGAUUCCUCUGUGACGUGUAUUGCCAUCUGCGCUGUACGUCACUGCUGUCUGAAACACGAACAGAACAGGCAAGAUUUGGUGAAAUGCGGUGUUCUCCCUCUGCUAACGGGUGCGGUUACACAGCACAGUGGAAGUGCUGCGCUGGUCAAAGAGGCCUCUGCAGCACUCAGGGUCAUGACUUUUGACGACGAUGUCCGCGUUACAUUUGGGCAUGCUCACGAACACGCCAAAAUGAUUGUUCUAGAACACAAUGGACUGAAGGUCUUAAUUGAGGCUGCAAAAGCUCACACUGACAAUACUCCUGUCCUGAGUGAGCUGUGUGCAACUUUGUCUCGUCUGGCUGUAAGGAACGAGUUCUGUCAAGACAUCUGUGAUCUGGGAGGACUGAAAUUCAUGAUGACACUGCUUGCGGAAAACUAUGAGUCACCGGAGUUAGUUCGGCAGGUCCUGAGCGCCAUACGAGCUGUAGCAGGAAAUGAUGAUGUGAAAGAUGCUGUUGUCAAUGCAGGUGGAGUCCAGCUCAUUGUCAUAGCCAUGAAUAGACACAUGAGCAAUGCUGCUGUGUGUGAGCAGGGCUGUGCAUGCCUCUCUGUCCUUGCUUUACGUAAACCCAACAACUGUAAAGUCAUCAUGGAGGAAGGAGGAACCUUGGCUACUGUGCAGGCUAUGAAGACACAUACUAAUGUGGCCAAUGUGCAGAAACAGGCGUGUAUGCUGUUGAGAAACCUGGUUUCACGUAUGCGUAACUUCAAUCAGUCAAUCCUGGAGAUGGGAGUGGAGCCCCUGAUAGUGCAGGCACUAAAGACCCAUGAAGACUGUGGUGAUGUGGGUAAAGCAGCCCUCAGAGAUCUGGGAUGCAAGGUGGAGCUACGAGAGCUGUGGACCGGCAAACAUGGCAGCCUCACCAACUAAAGGUGGAGGAGAGCAGCUCUGAAAACGAAACAUGCGUAUCACGAGUUUGCCUGAAAUGCAUUUGUCAGGCAAGACAUUACUUUCUUAAUCCGAGCAUAAAUAUUUGUGAUGUUCGUACGUAUAGCCAGUAGUUGAAACAGAUGCACACGUAUUGAGCUACACAUACCUAUAGACAUAUUUGUAGAGUCCAGUUGUUGCAGAGGAGGGCUGAGACUGAUGAUUAUUUUAAUUUGCGUUUAAUCUGUUGAUAAUUUUCUUGAUUACUCAUUCAGUCUCUAAAAUUGUGAAAAAAGCCCAUCUCAACGUCUUCCAAUGACUAUCUUUGUCCGACUGACAUUCCAAAACCCAAUUAUGCUCAAAUUACUUUGACACAAAACAGAGAAAAGUUACAAAUCCUAACAUGUGAGAAACUGGUACCGUGAAGUGCAUUUUUGUGUAGAAAAUGACUUAAGCGCCUGAUUAGUCAUCAAGAUUCUUGUUGCGUCAACUGGACAACAGUUUGAUUAUUCAUUUCAGCUCUACUUUUGUGCACUGCACAAUGCCAGCGGUCAAUACACAACACUUUUUCCAGGUUGAAUAAAUCCUUUUCAAGGUUUUUGAAAUCUAAACGGUCACAACUGUCCUGUUUUACCUAUUGUUUUACUGUUUUAUUUCAUUUACAGUUAUUUAAUCUCUUAACAUAUUUAUGUUGAUGAGUUGUUAAAUAUACAUUUAUGUGUUUUGAGCCAUAGGUAAAUGCAUUUGCUGCUAUGCAAAUAGUGUAACUGCCAUACUGGCAGAGCUAAAUUUUGACAUUUAUUGAAUGCCUUAUUUUUUACUGGCGCUUUUCUUCUUCAUAAACAUUAAAACAGUCCCAAGUCAAGGUCCACUUAUUAGCUCUACCCUGUGUUUUCAGCUGUAUGACCGAGUCUUCACCAGUGAAAAAAGGUGGCCUAGUUGAAAAUUGAUCUGUUGACAUGUGAGUUCAACAGCUGUUUUGUUUCAUUCAUAGUUAUUUAACAGUUCUCAUCCAUGUUGGUUUUAAAGCCAUGCAUGAAAGUUAAUUGACCUUUUAACAGUGUAGUCUGACAAAUAAUCAAGAUCCAAGACCUUGUGAAUGAGUGUGAGCAAACUGUAUCUGCAGAAGAGAAGUGUGUGAGAGGAUUGGCAGUCAUGGCUAAAACCAGAAAGUGGACUCUGAAGUGGGACGUUUUUUGUCUACUUUGAUAUUGUUUUUUUAGUUGUUAUGUAAGAUAUUUUAAUGUUGAAUUUAAGUCUCUGAAAAUAAAG